AUGUCGCCGUCCCGCCUGCAGAGGGCACUGUUGCUGCGUGUGGCGGUCCCCUCAGCGGCCCCUGCUUUGGCCCUGUGCUCCACAGAAGCCACCUGGAAGUGGUACAGAGCACGGUUGUUGCAGGAAGCGAUUGUAGUUUUCCAGGCCCGGCGUGUGCCUCUGCAGCGGGAGAAUAACGACGGCUUUAAGUCACGUUUACAGCUCGCUCUAAUGUUUCUGUGGAGCACGAGCCUUAUCUGCAGCUGGAGGGACCCCACUGAUCCCCACCGCCUCACGGGGAAUGUGUCAGUCCCAGAGCGGAGCAAAAGUGGUUUCAACUCCUGGAAACUGCUCUCUCCAAGAACUUCAGAAAUCCACCUCUCAGCACCGUUCCCCCAGCUGCCUCUCCUCCUCGUCUGUGGUCACUGCUGCCUCUCCUCCUCGGCUGUGGUCACUGCUGCCUCUCCUCCUCUGUGUUCACUGCCCACUUAA